UUAAAGUAUAUUAUUUAUAUUUAUAGUAAAUUAAGAUAGUGUAUUAAACAAGAGUGGUAAUUUUAGUAUAUAUCUAUCUAUCUAUACACCAAUUAAUACACUCAAGCAAUUUCCACUAAGAUAGAAAUCUUAUAACUGAUUUCUUGCCAAAAGAUCUAUCAAGGUUAAUCAAAAAUUAUGAGUAAAUUAAGGACCAGAAUUUUAAGCUACAUAUUUUGUAAGAUGAAGUUUAGCGAGAAAAAUAAGCGUUAAUUGGAACUGUUUGUUCCUUUCUUUAUGGUUCUUUUACUUGUGAUAUUCAUAUUUUCAAUUAUGAUUAAGUUUGUCUAUCUUGACAAAUUGAAAUAAAAUAUCUAGGAUCAUUUUGUAGAUAGAUUCAAAGAUUACAUUAGCCAAGUAAAUAGAGCUUAGUUAGACUACUUAGCUGUUUCAUAUUAGCAAGUUAUUCUUUCAUAAUAGACCAUAGGACAAUUUAUUUAGGAAAUUACUAGCAAUAAUGUUUAAUUAGCAGAUGUUGUAACUUGGAAAGGUAGCCGUCUUUAUGACAAUAGCCCUGAUGCUUCUUAAAAAUAUAAUUUCAUGAAUUUUAAUAUGUUUUCUGCUAAAGAAAUUUGCUAAAAGAAACAAUUUCUUUCUCUGCCAAACAAUUAAAUCAGUUAAUUAUUUGGAUGGUAUAACUGGAACGAAGAUUAGUGGUUUUAAUUAAGUCUUGAUCAAAUUGAUUUUUUAGUAAAAACUGACCUUGCCUUCUCAGUCUUCAAGGCUAUCCAAGCAAACUAAUAGUAUAAAAGUGUUCAAAUUAUAGAUGGUUAUGUUUAAAAUUCUUCAGAUGAUACAAUUUAUGAAGGAAAUCCAAAACUAUGGCUUUACUAAAGUAAUAGCUUUUGGAAUUAAAAGAAUUAUGGUGGUCCAUUCAUUUAUCCUAAUAAUAAUUCAUGUUAAAAUUAAAAUGAAUAUAACCCUCCUCCAGAUUAUAAUGGAUUUUAUUAAAUAAACUCUACAAAUUAGCAAUGCUCGUUAAAAUCAUCUACAUCAGAAUGUAAUUGUUAAUAUUACAAUUAGAAAAGGUUUUUUCCCUUAGUAUUUCGUUGUAGGCCUUGGUAUGAAUCUUCUAUUUAAAAUGAAUACGUGACACUCUCUUAAGCAUAUAUAGAUCUAUAUUCUUCUUAGCAAAUAAUGACUAGCAGCUUUAAAAUUGUUGAUAGUUCUUAAACUAAAAAUUUGGAUUCUUAAAAAUAAGCUCCUCCAAAAGCUGUUUUAGGAUUUGAUUUAGAGUAUUCUUAAUUUAAUGAUUUUUUAUAUGGCUCAAAUGAUUACAGUUCUGGUCUUUAUUCUUAUCUAGUUGCUCCUAAAAGCCCAAUUUAUCAAAAUGAUGUUUAAUAAUCAUAGGAAUACGCUGCUAUUAUACAUCCUAAUCUCUUUUCUAGUUCAAAACUUGGAUAAAUUUAAGAUAUAAUUGAGUUAGAAUUUUAAAAUGGAAAUCAAAAUGAAAUUUUUUAAUAUAAAUCAUAACUGGGAUCUAUAUUUUUGAAUAAUAAUAUAAGAACAAAUGGAUGCAACCUGACUCAAUCGAGUAACUAAUAGUAUUAGCUCAACAUUUAAAAAGAUGGCUAAAAUUACUACACUGUAGUUAAAACUCUACAAGUAUGCUAUGGAAAUUUAUAUGAAUAGAAGAGUAUCGUUGUUGGUUAUUUAGUUACUAAUUUAGCUAGUAGCUACUAGCAAAAACUAUACUCUCACAUUGACUAAAAUCUUACAAAUAUGCAAACUUAUAUUGUCAUUGCACUAUUACUUACUUUUUUUGCAAUCAUCAUCCUUCUCUAUUUGCUAAUGGAAAGGUUUCUAAAAUACAAUUUUGAAGAACCAAUUUCCAUCAUUUCUUCUGUUAUGAAUAAGGCAGAUCCAUAAAUGAUUUACAGGUUCCAUUAUGUAGUAUAAAAAGAUGAACUAAAAAUAUCUUAGGAAUUAAAAAACUUAAUUUCUGCGAUUAUUGAAAUAAUUAGUUUAGUUGAAGAAUAGGUUUAAGAUUCAAAUCAAAAUAAUGAUAAUGAAAUAAUCUAACGAAAUUAUCAGAGAGCUUUACAAACUUUCGAAGUAGUAGAUCACUAAACAGGGAUUGGUUUAUGCUUGAACAAUUUAGGAAACAUAAGAAUGAUUAAGAAAGAUUACAAAACAGCAAUAUAGUAUUAUAAAUAAGCUUGCUUACUUUCGAAAAUCUAAUACGAAGAAGAAAUAAAAAAAGAUGAGAUAAAAGUUUCCAAAAAUGACUAUUUGCUGAAAGAUUCAAUUUUUCCUUAAGAUUAUGUGAAGAAAAAAUUUAUGAGAAUUCAUGCCAGUAGGAAAUAUCAACUAGGAUCAACAAUCCUUAAAUAUCUAAAAGAUCAGAGUUAAUUUAUGUUUGUAAAUUAGUUAAUAAAUGAUAUGGCAUUAUAGGAAGAUUUGCAAAUAAUAAAUGAUACAAUACUAAAGAAAAAAAACUUAGAAUAGAUUCCUAUCCCACAAAAUUAGGAGCUCUAAUCUAGGAAAAAAUCUACAAAUAUAAAAAGAAAUAAUAUGAUGGGCGGAGCUGCGUCUUUGUCUUAGUUACCCAAUUUAAUUAUGACUAAAGAAGGAAAUCCAAAUAUAAUUGUUAGUAACUAAUCUCAAAAAAAACAACUCAUAGGAUCUUUUUAAAAUUAAUUUUCUACUCCUUAUAUAGUUAAUAAUGUUUUUAUUAAUAAUCAUAACAACAUUCCUUACAGUGCUAAUAAUUUAUAAAAUACUAUAAUUUAAAACAAUCCUGCUCAAUUAGCAGAUUUAGAUAAAGAAAUAAAUUUGUAAAAUUUAAAUAAUUUGGUAUCAGCUAAUCAAAAUAAUAGCCAAUUUAAUAAUGGAAACAUUACCUUUUAAAAUAUGAAUCCGUAAAUAGUUAACUAAUUAAAUUUUGGAGAUGAGUUGCAUGAUAAAUCUUUUAUGGGUAUUUCACAACGACAAAGCUAAUCAAAUUUGUUUAACAACAAUUAUAACAAUGGUAACUUUAUUAGCAAUACAAACAGAAUUUCUAACAGCAACCACAAAUUGCAGAAUAUAAGUUUAAAUAAUAACAUUGGGAGUAAUAAUUUAAAUAUGAAUAGCAACUCUUAAAAUAUUAGAUUUAAUUCUAAGAGACAGUCUUCGUACGUUAGAAAACUGCAUUCAAGUGGAAAUGUUAUGGGUAAUGAUUUCUAAUAGUCUAAAGGAAUCAAAAAUUUAAAUAAGGAAAUUCAUAAUGCAGCUAAAGAUGCAUAAGAUGAAGAAGAAAAAGCAAAUAAAUUACUCUCUGAAAGUUUAGAAAAAUUUUCAUUAUAAAAUUAUCCACAUUUUUUUACUGAGUCAUUUGCUGAAAAAUAUAAACCUCUAAUAUUAAGCAAUAUAGAUAAAUCAUAGGCUCUUUUUGAUGUGUAUUUUCACUCAUAAAAGAUGUAUAGCACAUAAGCUAUUGAGCUUCUAAAUGAAAGUUUCACUAUUUUUAACACAUUAGGAGAUUAUUGCUCUGAUAGUGAAAAAAAGGAAGCUCAUGAAUACUAUGGAUUCUCUAUUCUAACUUUAUUAACAAUUACAGAAUUGCACAUUUUACUCAAUCAAUAGUCAACAAUAAUCGAACCUCUACUGGCCUCAAUUAAGAAACAAAUCUUUACUAAAAUAAUUCCUCUCGAAGCUUUAGACUUAAAUAAUAUAAUUUCACAAAUGAAUCAUUAUAAUCUACACUAGCAGUAUGUUAAUUAGCAACAAUUAGUUAUAAAUAAUAAUCUUAACACCAACAACUCAUUUAAUGUAUUAUUCAAUUAGUAUCCAUAACCAAGUAUAACAACGAUGCUGAAUAUAGAAAAUAAUAUAAAUAAUAACAGAUUCUUGACAGAAUAAAAUAUAGAUAUGAAUUUUUUUGAUACGAAUGCAAAUAACAAUAACAGAUUAAAUAGUUAAAAUACAUUUUUCAAUGUUUUACCACAACUCGAUUAAAAUCAGUAAAGCAGUGAUAAAUCCAAAAGACUUACAACUCAGUCAAGUAACUCAGCUCAACAAACUGUAUAGCCUCUAUAAAAUCAGCAAUAAUACCAAAAACUAAUCAAGUAAUAAAGUGCCACUUUGAUGAGAAAUAAAACAUUUUCAAUCAAUGGAACGCAAACAAAUAUUCCUAUAAAUGUACCUUUAAUUCAAAAUACUACACUAAGUAACAAUACACAAAAUUAAACAUCUACACAUAAUUUAUAUCAAUAUUAAAACGUAUCUUAAUUCAAUGAUCGCUAUAGGUAACCUACCGAUAUAAAUGAUAUGACUAUAUUAAAAUAAAAUAAUCCCUAUCUAAUCAAUAAUAGAAGUAGUAAGUUUAAUGAAAUAAAAGAGAAUACUCUAAAUUCAGAUAUUUUAUUGACAAAAUACUACAUUUUAAAGGGAAAUAUCAGAAUGUUACAAUUCAAAUACAAAAAAGCACUUAAAAGCUUUGUUAAAGGAAUAAAAUAUUUCUUUCCUAAGUUAUAGUCCUUAGAAAGGAUAUAAACUAUAAUGAAAAAUGCAUAAAAUGGAAUACAUAAAUUGGAGGAAUCUCCCUAAACUUUGUCUAUAAUACAUGAAGAAAGUACAAGAAAUCAGUAAAAAUAUUUUUAUGAUCCAAAUGACAUUCUAAUAUGCUUAGAAAAUAUCAAUCAUAUAGUUUAAGAAGCUAAAAUUUCCUUAAACGAAAACUAACUAAAUAAUCUGCUUAAAGACAUUUAAACAUUAAAAAAACAGUCUUCUGAAACAGUAAGCUUACACUUUUUUGAAGUUUUCUUUAGAGACACUCUUGAUUGAAUUAAUUAGCUUUGAAAUUAUUGUAAGAUAUAAAUAAUCAGUUCAUAGAAGGAAAUAAAUUAAUAAUUAUCUGAUUAAAUUCAGGUGAUUUAAAAGUGUUGAUUUGAAGUAUGAGAUUAUCAAUCAAUUUAUGAUUAAAGAGAUAAAUUAAUAUACUCAAUAGAUGGUAAAUGAGAAUAAAUAUUUUGAAAAUGAAUUAAAUGACAGUUGAAAUAUUUUAGAAAUUUUGUUUUAAAGAAAAUUGAAUAUAAUUCAAUAAAAAUAAGCUAGUACUAUGCCCACCCACCCUAUUUAUUUAUUUAUAAUUAAUAUAUUCAUUAUUCAUUCAUUAAUUAAUGUUAUUUAUUUGUUCAAAUUAGUUUGUGGUAUUUAUAAAAAAUGUACAUUUAUAUCAAAAUUUUAAUAAUACUGAGC